AUGCAGUCCCCCAGAAUGGUGGGGAGGAAGAGAGGACGGCCCCCGCUCCAAUCAGCGCCCAUCAAAGUGGCUGUUCACAACCUCUUCCCUGCACCGGCUGGGGCUUUGCCCAUUGUGAAGAUCCCAAAGAAGAGAGGGAGAAAACCUGGACACAAGCUGAAGUCUCGUGUCCUGAUGACUCCCUUAGCAAUCUCUCCACCGAGAAGCACGCCAGAGCCAGAUAUUAGUUCAAUCCCUCAGGAUGCAGCUACAAUACCCAGCUCGGACACCCCACAGUCUCUCACAGUCUGCAUUUAUGUCAACAAACAAGCGAAUCCGGGGCCGUACCUUGACAGAAAAAAGGUGCAGCAGCUGCCAGAGCGCUUUGGGCCAGAGCGGCCGUCGGUGGCCCUGCAGCACGCAGUGCAAGCCUGCAUCGACUGUGCGCUCCAGCAAAAGGUGGUCUUCUCCCUCAUCAGGCAGGGCUAUGGAGGCGAGAUGGUGUCAGUUUCAGCUUCUUUUGAAGGGAAGCAGCAUCUCCAGAGCAUACUGGUAGUGAACAGCAUUGGAUAUGUCCUGCGCUUCCUGAAGAAGCUGUGUCGCAGCCUCUUGUGUGACAAUCUCUUCAGCAACCAGCCUUUCCAGCAGUACAACGCUGUGAUGGAAAGCCCGGAGGUGUAUGAAAACAGACAGGUGGAGGCAGUAGAAACAGUUAUACCUGAGGACUACCUGGUUGAUCCUGCAAACGGGAAGCAAUACAGCCUGGAUCCUGCCAAUGCUGCCUUCGGUUGCAUGGGUUCCAUGUACACUGUGCGUCAGAGUCCUGCAGAUGGACAUCCUGCUGGAGGCUCCUCUUCCUCCUGUAGCCAUCAUCCUGCUCAAAUGUCUUCAGGGGGGUCCUCAUCUACUGGCUUGCGGCAUCAGAAUUCCAGCCCAACAAGGAAUGGGGCCUGUCUUGAAGGAAAUAGAAGUGCCUCGAGUCCUUCACCAGAACAAGAUGCAGCUCGACCAUCAAGCAAGAAUCCUUUGACCUGGACGGUGGAUGAUGUGGUUUGGUUUGUGAAGGAUGCAGACCCCCACGCUUUAGGUCCCCACGUGGAGCUCUUCAGAAAACACGAGAUUGAUGGCAAUGCUUUGUUACUUCUGAAAAGCGACAUGAUCAUGAAAUACCUAGGGCUGAAACUGGGACCUGCACUGAAACUCUGUUACCACAUUGAUAAGCUCAAGCAAGCCAAGUUCUGA